GAUAAUAUUGCAGAGCAACAUACGGCAAUGCGAAGUCUCUUCGAAAAACCGAAAAAUUUCUAGUGGUGUUUGAACAAAAAAUUCAUGCCAGUGAUGUUAUCUAAAGUUUAUCUUAUCUGUUUUACCUUUCCCUUUAAAAUUUUUUCUAAUGCUCGCGAAUAAAAACUUUGCUACAUUGAUGUAACUCUAAAAGGUAUUUAAUUUUAAAUGGACUAUUAAAAUCAACUUGAAUAAUAGAGAACAAACGUGAACCUCGAGUGCUAAGAAACAGAAUCAAUUUCGAUCCCAACUUUGAAAACAGACGCAAUAUUCUACAUGACGAUCAAUUAUCUGGAUAAUCUGUAGCACAUUUGGAUACAGUUUUUUUCCGAAAUACUGUCGCGAUCCCAUUCGGCAAAAAAGUUUUUUCAUCAGUAGAAGAAAAUAGCUCCUGAAGGCCAUUCCUAAAGUGGUUCAAAUUGUUCCGUUAAAAAUUUAUUCGAAAUAAAAAAUCUGUGAUACUAAUAAGUUUAACUCGCUUGGCUUCCUCACUGUGAAGGCCUAUUCCAGUUUAGGUUUAAGUAAGCUUCACUGGCGCUACAGCUCAUCAAUUAUUUUUCAAUCACAACGUCAUUGAAACUAGCGCUAAAAUGGAGACCAGACUUUGUUUAAGCGUCAUUUCAAUGCUUGUGUUUGUGGCAUCAACGUUUUGUGUGCAUCCCGCUGGUGGUGACGAUGGUGAUACUCAUCUCCAGCGCACCAAACGACAAAUCGGCUUUUCCAUCGGUCUACCAUUCAACAUUGGCGCUCCCGGCAACCAGAAUAAUGCAGGUCGGCAAGAACCAGUCAACGUGGGGGACGUUUUGGGUUCAGUUAUCGGUGGCUUUUUGAACCCGCAAUCUCAGAACACGAACAACAACUUCGAAGGAGCCAUAGCGGGUCUGAACAAUGCUUUGAACCCGAACCAAAUUCCUGGCAACUGCAACGUAGACAAGGGCGGGUGCGAGCACGGCUGUAGGCAACAAAAUAGGUUCGUUCGCUGCUUCUGCAACAGCGGCUUCGUCCUCAACAGAGACCGCAAGACCUGUGCUGACAUCAACGAGUGUCAGUUCAGCAAUGCCGGCUGCAGGCAGGUGUGCACCAACACCCCAGGCUCGUUCACGUGCUCCUGCAACCCCGGCUUCACCCUCCUACCGGACGGCCGUUGCCGGCCUGGUGGCGGCGGUGGCGGGGGCGGCGGGUUUCCCGGUGGACAAGGCGGGAUAUUUCCUGGUGGACAACCUGGUGGUUUUCCUGGUGGACAAUCUGGUGGUUUUCCAGGUGGACAACCUGUUGGAUUUCCUGGUGGUUUUCCUGGUGGAUUUCCUGGCGGCUCACAAGCUGGAGGCUGCGCAGUCAACAACGGUGGCUGUGCUCAGGCAUGUGAAGAAAAGGAUAAUGGUAAAGUUACGUGCCGUUGCAACUCUGGCUAUAAACGUAACGAUGACAAGACGACGUGCAGCGACGUAAAUGAAUGUGAACGCAACAACGGAGGCUGCAGCGACGUAUGCACCAACACCGUCGGUUCCUACGUCUGUUCCUGCAACGCUGGCCGGGAAUUGAACGGCAAGAAAUGCGUCGAUGUUGACAUAGAAGACCCGACCGACGUAGCUGGCUCCUGUGCAGUAAAUAAUGGAGGCUGUCAGCAGAUUUGCCGAGAACGGAACGGCAGAGUGCGGUGUCGAUGUCAGCCCGGCUUCACCCGCAACGCGGACCGCCAGACUUGUUCCGACGUAGACGAAUGUGCGUUCGAGAACGGCGGAUGCAGCGAACUGUGCGUCAAUACUGCUGGAUCUUACGAAUGCCGUUGUCAGAACCCAGGAUUUACGCUGCUGGGAGACGGUAGUUGCGUGUUUACGUCGCAGCCACAAGUUGAAUCUUGCAGCGUCAACAACGGUGGAUGUUCUCAACGCUGCGUUUUAGCUCAAGGCCGCGCAAAAUGUGAGUGCGACAGUGGGUUCCAACUUCAACCAGACCAACGCUCAUGUCUUGAUAUCAACGAAUGUCUCAUUGAAAACGGAAGAUGUCAGCAACGAUGCAUCAACGCCGAUGGAAGUUUUCAAUGUCAGUGCCGGGAUGGAUAUGUGUUGGCCAACGAUGGACUCGCUUGCGUGGAUAUCAACGAAUGUUUGGUGAACAACGGAAAUUGUCAAGAAAUAUGCUUCAAUUCUGAUGGAUCUUUCCGCUGCAUGUGUCAACCAGAACAGGUGAUAAGUUCAGAAGGGAAAUGUAUUUAUCCUACGACGACACCAAGACCUACAACAACUCAGGCGUCCACUAGAACUACCCAACGACCUGUCACGUUGUCGAGUACUUCAACAGUCCCGACGACUCAAGCGACGACCACUACAACGACCAGCACCACUACUGCCAAGCCUAUUAUCUUCCCUGCAGUUUGUUGGCUCAUAAACGGCGGAUGUCAACAAAUUUGCCAGCAAACUUUCCAAGGCGUCCGAUGUUUCUGCAAUCAAGGAUUUAACCUCAUUGGUGAUGGCCGCUCGUGUCGUGACCUCAACGAGUGUGACUUCGGAAACGGCGGGUGCAGCCAGAAGUGCACCAACUCUGAAGGAAGUUACUCCUGCAGUUGCCCCUCUGGAGGAACCCUCCUACAGGACGGUCGCACCUGUUCAGCCGCCGUCGCGAGCUGUGGGACCAACAACGGCGGCUGCGAACAAACCUGUAGUCCCAGCGCUGGUGGUAUCGCUUGUGGAUGUAACCCUGGAUAUAGCCUUAACGGCGACGGUCGGACAUGCAGCGACAUCAACGAAUGUGCCGUCAACAAUGGCAACUGCGCACAGUCUUGCCAGAACCUGCCGGGCUCAUUCGCCUGCCUCUGCGGGCCUGGCUUCACUCUCGUCAACGGAAACGCUUGUCAACCCACAGCACUGCCUACUCCUACUCCUACUGCUCCUACAGCUCCUACGGCUCCUACUACGCCAGGUCAACUCAGAUCCUGCGGCCAGAACCCAAAAAAGAACAUCAACAACAACGUGCGCAUCGUCGGAGGCCGACCAGCCAACCCAGACGACUGGCCGUGGAUGGCAGCGCUGCUGCAGAGUAGCAACAACAACCAAUACUGCGGUGGCGCUCUGAUCACUGAGAAGCAUGUGCUCACUGCUGCUCACUGCGUCGUGCAGUUCAGUUCAUCGGAAAUCAAAGUGCGUGUUGGCGAGUAUGAUUUCCAGCAGACGACCGACAACAAUCCUUCCGACUACAACGUUGCGGACAUUGAGUCUCAUGAACAGUACAACACGCAGACACAGGAGAACGACAUCGCUGUGCUACGCCUGGACCGAGCUGUCACCCUGAGCGCCUUCGUGCAGCCAGUCUGUCUGCCCCCGCCAUCCACCCCUGUAGAGGGACUCAAUGCAUAUGUCAUAGGCUGGGGCACCACGGCGUUUGGAGGGGCGGUGAGCAACGUGUUGCGGGAAGUUCAGGUGCCGGUGUGGACGGCGGCCGACUGUGAGACGUCUUACCCCGGCAAGGUCUUCCCGAACAUGAUGUGUGCGGGGCUUAAGAAGGGCGGCAAGGACUCCUGCCAGGGAGACUCUGGUGGUCCUCUAUUGACGCAGCUUGGUGAGUCCAAGACGUGGUACGUGGUGGGUGUUGUGUCCUGGGGAAUAGAGUGCGCGAGGGCUGACAGACCAGGCGUCUACAGCGAGGUCUCCCGGUACCUGGACUGGAUUGCCACGAAGGUUGUCGAGUAGAAUUCGGUUGUGACAUCGUUUGGAAUCGAAAUCAUUUUGUAGCGGAAUCAUUUGGGAACGGAAUAACUUGAUAGCGAAAUCGUUUGGAAUCGAAAUCAUUUUGCUGCGAAAUAAUUGGCUGCAAAGAAAUUUUUUGCGAAAUUAUUUUUCUGUGAAAUCGUUUGGUUUCAAAAGCAUUUUGUUCCAAAUCAUUUGGUUGCAAGUGAAAUCAUUUGGUCGCGAAAUUCUUUGAUUGCGAAGUCGUUGGAUUGCAAUGUCGUUUGAUAACGAACUGUUAUGAUUGCAUAAUUAAUUGGUUGCAAAAUUAUUUGUUUGCCAUAAAAAAUCUUGUGGCAAUCGAAUCUUGCCCUAACAUUUUCUGAAAUCCCAGGGAUAUGCAAGACCUGAGUAGCACAGAAUACAAUUGAGAAAUUUAAGAAAUACUUGAUAAUUAGAAUAAAUUAAUUAUUUCAACUUAUUUGAAGACAGAUACAGUCGUUUUAAUACAUGAUUUUAUACUUUUCAUUUUCGUGUCGAUAGAUUGAUUAUCGAUUGACAAAUAAACAUAAUAAUGAUCUUCGUUUAAAAUAUUUUAAUAAACAUAUUAUAGCAUUCCAAUUCAGUUCCUGGAUUACUUUUGGCCGAGCAAAAAUGUUAAUGGACUGACAAUUUCUGUAAAUUUCGUUUUCUUCAUAAGCUGAAGGGAAAUUAUAUAAGCUGGAAGUUAAGUUUUACUGUAUGACAUUUCCAGGUUAUGAACAUAGCCUAUUCACAACGAAAUUUUCAUCACAAUUUUUUUUUUCUACAAUCAGCGAUAUUGUUCUAAUUUCAAAACUCUGUUUUAGGUGUCGGCAUAAGCCAAAUAUUUAACCCUCAUAAAAAAUGUUUCAAUGAAUACAAUGAUAUCCGACUGUUCAACUUCGCACUCUAAUCGCCUAGAAUAUCACUUACUCUAUUUAAAUGUUAAGAUUUUGCAAUAAACUUUCUAUAUUUCUACAA